UAAUUUGGGAGCACAUGCUCCUAAAUCCAGAAAUAAAAAAUGACUCUUCAGUGGACUUCAAGUCACACUCAAGACUGGCAUAUAGCUACUGCCCUUUUGUUUCUUUAGAUUUUCAUUUUCAUUCAUCAACUGCAGAUCACCAUCAACUUUCUCCUUCACUACAGCAGAAGAAUUCACAUUCUUUAUACGGGUUGCAGCAUCUGAUUAAGGGAAAUGGCUGAGAAUAUUGGUAUCUCCAUCGGUUCUAAGAUCGCAGAAAUUUUGGUGGAGCCAGUGGUUUGCCAGCUUCGAUAUGCAUUCUGUUUUAACAACUUUGUGAAAGACCUCAAGAAGCAGGAGAAGAAACUGUCUCUGACACAUAAUCGGGUGCGGAAUGAUAUUGAUGCUUCCAUAAGAAACACAGAAGACAUUGAAAAAGAUGUGGAGGCAUGGGUGGAAGAUUCACGCAAAGCUAUUGAAGUUGUUAGGUACUUGGAACUCGAAAUAGAGAAAGAAAAAAGGUGCUUCAUCAGUUGGUGUCCUAAUUGGAUUUGGCAAUACCGUCUUAGCAGAAAAAUUGCUAAGAGGACAACUAAUCUCAUCGAGCUGCAAGACAAGGGAAAGUUUCAGCGAGUCUCCUAUCAUUCUACUCUCCCGUGCAUAGAAUUAUUAUCCAAGGAUUUUAUGCCAUCUUUAUCAGCACAACAAGCAUUGAAACAGAUUAUGGAAGCGCUCAGAGACAACGAUGUCCGCAUGAUAGGAUUGCACGGAAUGGGUGGUGUGGGCAAAACCACCUUGGUGAAAGAAGUAGGCAAGCAAGCUAAUGAAUUGAAGCUUUUUGAUAAAGUUCUGAUGCUUGUGGUGUCACAGGCUCAAGACAUUAUACAGUUACAAGAUCAGUUGGCAGACAAGCUGUUUUUGUAUAUGCCAGAGAAGACAAAAGAGGGACGAGCAAACAGAAUAUGGAAAAGAUUGAAGCAAGAGAAGAAGAUUCUGAUAAUCUUAGAUGACAUAUGGAAAUAUCUUGACUUGAAAGAUAUAGGGAUCCCAUUUGAUGAUGAUCAGAAUGGUCUCAAAAUUCUUCUCACAACACGUCUUCAACAUGUAUGUACUUCUAUGGAAUGUCAAAAGGAGAUUCCACUCCAUGUCUUAACAGAUGAUGAAGCGUGGGCCUUAUUCAAAAAGAAUGCAGGUUUACCUGAUGAAUCCUCUACCUUGACCAGCGUGGCAAUAGAAGUGGCAAAAGAAUGCAAGGGUUUGCCUAUAGCUAUUGUGACACUGGGAAGGGCUUUAAGAGGUAAAAGUUUUGAAGGGUGGCAAUUAGCAUCUCGAAAACUUAAAGCGUCGAGACUUACGGACAUUCGAGAUGUUAACAAAGAUGAAAAUGCUUAUACUUGUCUGAGAUUGAGUUUUGAUUAUUUGCAGCGAAAAGAAACCAAGUUCUGUUUUUUGAUGUGCUCUUUGUUUCCUGAAGAUUAUGAAAUUCCUAUUGAGCAGUUGGUCGGAUAUGCAGUUGGUUUGGGACUGUAUGAAGAUGCUUGUUCUAUUGAAGAGACAAGGAGUGAAGUGUUUGAAUCAAUCUGUGACCUCAAAGCUUCGUGUAUGCUAUUAGAAACAGAGAAGGAAGAACAUGUAAAAAUGCAUGACAUUAUUCGUGAUUUUGCUUUAUGGAUUGGAUCCAGUGUGGAGAGUGGAUUUAUGGUGAGAUCUGGCAAUGUGUUGGAGGAGCAGUUAAGGACAGAAAGUCUGAAGAAGUAUACAGCUAUUUCUCUCAUGGACAGCAAUGUAAGACAACUUGCUGAUGGUCUGAAUUGUCCAGAGCUUAAAGUACUGUUAUUGGGUCGAAAAGGUGCAAAAUUUAUGGUAGAAGAAGAUUCCAGUGAUACAGAAGAAGAUACUACUAACGGGAAUGAAGCUUAUGUCAAUGUUCCAAGUACAUGUUUCAGUGGAAUGAAAGAACUUAAAGUCUUAUCUUUAACCCAUGGGAUAAUAUCCAUACAUUCACUUGAAUAUGUAACGAACCUUCAGACACUAGGGCUGAAAAAUUGCAAGAUCAACUGUCUCACAUCACUGCAAAAGUUAAAGAGUCUUCAGAUUCUUAACCUCCAUGGUUCUUCUAUUAAAGAAUUGCCUGAGGAAAUCGGUGAACUAAGUGAUUUAAGGUUAAUGGAUUUAACCUGUUGUGAGAAACUAGAAAGGAUUCUGCCGAACACAAUUCGGAGGUUGUCAAAACUUGAAGAAUUAUACAUAGGAGUCUCCAGCUUUAGGAAAUGGCAGAUUGAAGAGACAAGCAACCAGACAAUCAAUGCUAGUUUGAUGGAGCUGAAUUCACUGUCACAUUUGGCUGUGUUAUGGCUGUAUGUCACAAAAGAUCACAUUCCUGUGGACUUUGCUUUCCCCAAUUUGAAUAGAUAUCGUAUCCAAAUAAAUCAUGGUAUAAUCGAUGAUGAAUAUCCAUCAAGACCUGGAAAUCCAACCUCUAGAUCCAUCGACUUCUUUCCUUGCAGUGUCUCCAUAGUGAAUUCAUGUAAGGAGUUGUUUUUGAAUGCUUAUGAUCUUCGUUUGGACGGCAAUGCCGAAUGUUUCCAAAACAUCAUUCCAGACAUAGAUCAGAAGGGCUUUAAUCAACUCAUUAGUCUCAACUUUUUCUUAUGCGACUUGGACUGCCUCAUCAGCACGACGAACCAGCAAGUACCACCAGCUGCAUUCAGUAAUUUACAGCAGAUACACUUGGGAAAAACUAGUCUGAAAGAAAUAUGUGACGGUGAGCCACCACAGAAAUUUCUAGAGAAACUACAAACACUUGAGAUUUUUGUAUCCUAUGGGUUGACUAUCAUAUUUCCAGCUAAGUUGUGGCGAGCAUUGCAAAAUCUGGAAAAAGUAGUAGUUCAUUAUUGUGAAAGUUUACAAGAGGCAUUCCAGCUUGAUGAACUUGAUGGAACCAAGAAGGAAUUGCUAUCACGAUUACUGACCCUCAAGUUGGAACAUCUACCAGAACUGGAGUAUAUUUGGAAGGGUCCCACUCACCAUGUAAACCUCAAAAGUCUGACUUAUUUAAAGUUGGAUGGUUGCAAUAGGCUGACAUCUAUUUUCUCACCAUGGCUUGCUCAUACUUUGGUGCAACUAGAAACAAUUGAUAUUAGCCAUUGCAAACAACUUGAGCAUAUUAUUGCAGAAAAGGAUGACGAGGGACAAGAAACAUUAUCAAGUUCUCACAUGGAAUCACUCAGCCUGAGGAAACUAAAAACACUCAAAAUACAUGGGUGUGAUGAAUUAGAAUAUGUCUUUCCAAUGUCGUUUGCAAAAGAGCUUUUCUACCUAGAAGAGAUCUACAUAGCAAGUGUGGCUGAAUUAAAGCAAUUUUUUGGCAAAAGAGAAAAUGGCACGGCUUCCGUACCUGAGAAUGAUAACCUGCUCUGCCAAUCAGAAGAAAAAUCUUUGAUGACUGGUUACUUCAGCUCAGGAAAUUGCUCCGCGGUAUUACCGUAUUUGCAACAUGUUGAAUUUAAGGGAUGUCCCAAGUUUUCUAUGGACUCUAUCAUCAAAAUACCUACUCCUCAUAAGGCUUCAACAUGUUCAGCUGCGAUUUCUGAAGGCAGGCAGCUGAAAACCUUAACAAUAACGGGAUGCGCAGAAUUGGAGCACGUAAUUGUUCAGGAUAAUGAUAAUAGGGAUCAUGUUUCAUUACGGUGUCAUUUUCAAGUUGUAUGCUUCUCUAAUUUGCUCCACAUUAGGGUCUACCGAUGCAUUAGAUUGAAAAAACUCUUCCCCAUUACAAUCUCUGAAGGUCUUCCUUGCCUAAAAUAUUUUGAACUAAUAGAAGCGGGUCAGCUGGGUGAAGUUUUUGAAGGUAAUGAAGAAGCAGACAAUGACGAAAAAGAGAUACUGAUGGCAAAGCUGGUGAGGUUAACUAUGAAAGAACUGCCAAGUCUUACCAAUUUCUGUCCAAGAGGUUAUCAUUUUGUAUUUCCUUGUCUAGAAACAUUGACAGUGGAAGGAUGUCCCCUGAUAACAACGAGUUUUAAGGUUGCAUCAAAUUGUUCUGUUCAUGCAACAACGGAGAAACCUCAAGUAGUUGAGCAAGACAUGGCAAUUACUGCUGAUGCAGCUUUGAGGAAUGCCAAUGACGGCAUUAACUGGAAACGAUGUGAGCAGAAUACUGGAUUACUUCCAUAUGUGGAAGAUGAAGACAGACUAAAGGUUGUCCAAGUAGUUGAGAAUUCAAGUAACAGCGUGAUCGAAUCCACAAACCAUGUUACAAAGAAGAAGAAAAGGGUGAAAAGGGGAGAGCAAUCUGACGAGCAAGAUGAUGAUUCGCGUCAUCGGCAGAUGGGAUGUUGCCUAACCAGAGGUGGCUAAUUUAUUGUAAUGCUCUCUAAAUUUUUCGUAGUUACAUUGCUCUGAAACUUGUCGACUCCAACGUCUUAGCGUUUCCGAAAUGUUAUAAAUAUGAUUUUUCUAUUUUGCAUUCGAACGUUUUCUGUGCAAUAUAUUGUAAUGUUUGCAUUUUGUAAAAACUGCUGUGCUUAUGUUUGGCACAAUCUUUAUGAUUCAUGUUUCAAGCUUCUGAAAA